CUACACGUAAUUAGAAGGGGCUUCCCCGGACAAAUUCCGAGAAUAAAAAAUUUGAAAAUAGAUCGACCAGACUAAAUUUUUGCUCUGAGAAGCGUCGGUGCUUGAAUUUAUCUUGAAUUUUCUCUCAGAGAUUUGAAUACGUUAAUCUAGAAAAAGGAAGAACUAUGUCACAUCAUCUUACAGUGUCAAAACCCGAGCAGAGCUUCCGAGAUAUACAAUAUGAAGGGCUUGAGCCGCAGAAAAGUGCAUCAAAGAAUAACACUUGGUCAACGGUACUUCGCGUCGCAAUUUUUGUGCUCGUUUUGUUUGUUAUUGCCCUUAUUGCCAGGUUUGUGAUUAACAAGGGAUUUCUAUCUAGCAGAGAUGGAGAAAAUGUGACCAGUUCAGUUCUUAGCUGCAGAGAGGAACCAAUUUGUGAUUCCAACGGCGCUUGCUCAGAGAAUCAACAAAAUUGUGUUUGCAACGAAGGUUUCCAAGGGGACGGCUUGUCGUGUGCUGAUAUAGAUGAGUGUAUCACUGAGAUUCACAAUUGUAGUGAGCAUGCAAUUUGCACCAAUUUUUUUGGCUCGCACAAUUGUAGCUGUCUGACAGGAUUCCACGGAGACGGCUGGUCUUGCAAAGACGUCGAUGAGUGCAAGACCAGUUCGACGAACUGUAGCGAUCGAGCAUUUUGCAAUAACACAGAGGGCUCUUAUAAUUGCCUAUGUCUCGAGGGAUUCCAAGGAGNUUAA